AGCAGUGUUGUUUCUCGCAGAAAAGCUGCACUGGAUGAGCUGUGGGAAUGGGAUGUUCCUAGCCUAUGUCAGCGCUGGAGGGACUGAAACCUGACUUGGACCUCUCUACAGUAGAAAGUAUGCUGGUCUAGAUAAAGCAGUGUGAAUGCAGUCUAAGGUAUAAAAGGGGGUUGCACUGGUGUACCCUAUUACUGGUACAAGGCACCGUUCACACUGGUGGAACUCUACUACCAAACCUGGCAGAACUGAAUCUACACGAGGCUUAUAGUGAUCUGACAAUGUCGAUUUUAAAAGCAAGCUACUUUUCCAACCCACCUAGUUUUAUUAGUACAAUUCCUGGAUGUAAACCAGCCCCUACUCAGGAUCGGAAGGCACGUGGCCUCUGGCACCUUGCCAUGCUUUUUUUAAUCUCUAAAUGUCCACGCCAUUCUGCAAACACGCAGCUCCGAGGACAGGAACUCGGCCGCAUUUCCUGCCUUUCCCUUGCAAACCGAUAAAAAGCCUGAGAGACACCGGAGUGACCCAGCUUAUUUUUAAACCACAUCAAGGCACGAGUCUCAUGAUGUAGCUGCGUCUCCCCGAUUUGCAGCCGUUUUACAAAGAGAUGAGGAAGGAACCGCCAUGCCGGCAGGGAUAUUCCGGGUGUGUCUGGUGGUGAUUACGGCCAUCGUCAACCACCCACUCCUCUUCCCCAAAGAGAACGCCACCGUUCCGGAGUACGCGGAGGACGUCAUCCAGAAGAUGAAGGCGCGCGAGGAGAACCUCCGGCUGGAGCAGCUGCGUUUGGAGCAGGAGCUUGCCAGGCAGGAGGUCACGCUGAAGGUUGUGGAGAAGGUUGUGGAGAAGGCCCCGGAGACGGAGGAGCCAAACCUCAAGGAACCCUUCGCCUGGGACGUGUGGAGCGCCAUCUCGAUGGUUGUCUUCGGGAACUCGCAGGACUCUGCCGGCGAGAAGGACGACAUGGCGGUUCUAGGGAAAGCAUUCAAGGGAGUGGCCCUCCCAGACAAAGCCGCCUUGGCCAACUUCUAUGAGAGGUGUAUACUCGGCGCCACUGGCGACGUGGCGAGGAUGCGAGAGCUGGUGGAAGGGUUUGCCGACGACUUGCUGGAGGCCCUGAGGAGUGUGUGUAACCGGGAUGCCGACAUGGAGGUGGAGGAGUCCAUAGGGGUGGGCAGCAUGUAUGAGAACUGGAGGGUGCACAAGCCAUUGGUGUGCGACUUGAUUGUCCCUUUCACGCCCCCAGAGCCGUACUGUUUCCGAUCCCAGACCUGGUGCUCGCGGGAGUCGAUCCCACCCGACAAACAAGGCUACGGCACCAUAAAAGUCUGCCGGGCGGAUGAGGACGUGGCAGGUUGUAUCUGUGGCAAGACUACGCUGGGGGAGGACAUGUUGUGUCUCCUCCAUAGCCCAAACAACCAGCCCAAGUGCAACGAUGAGAUGGAGGAUCUGCUAUGCUUCAAGAACAGCCAGUAUCUGGAUGCAGACCAGGUCAUGAAGUGGUUCCAGAUCGCGAUCACCAAGGCCUGGAACAAAAUCUCCCACAAGUAUGAAUUCGACCUCACCUUCGGCCUCUUGGACUCGCCCGGAGCCCUGAAGAUAAAAUUCAGGUCUGGCAAGUCCAUUGCCUUUCACCUCACCCCUGUGGUGCAGUGCGAAGACUCAGAUGCCUACUUCAUCUCUCAUUUCCCCCGCAGCGGCCUGACGGCUGAUCCUGCCUCCAGCGCCUACUGGUUUGUGACUUUUGCAGUGUACGAGAGGCGGUUCAUCCACUCCAUCUCCAAAAAGCUGCCAGCCAAUGCCUGUCACCUCAGCUGCCUUCAGAUCCUCUCUUUCCUUCAUGGCAAACAAUGCAGUUUAACCGGUCCAAGCAGCCUCACUAACUACCACUUGAAGACAGUGAUGCUGCAUUUACUGCAGACCCGGCCCUAUAAGGACUGGGCCGCCGAGUACCUUGAGGCCAGGCUGCAAGACAUGCUGAAGUUCCUGGAGAAAAGCCUUCAGGAAAAGAAACUCUACCACUUCUUCGUCGGGAACCGGAAGAUACCGGAGGUGCUGAACUUCCCAGUGGUGUUCCAAAAGGCCGAGCCGCUCAACCUGUUCCGGCCUUUUGUUCUGCACAGAGACGCUUACCGAAAGACGGUGGACGCUUUUUAUGAGAUGCUGAGGAACACGUCCGCACUGAUAAAUGAGUACACGGUGCACAUUCCCUCUGUGGGACACACAAACAUGAUCCACAAAGAAUCCCUUUAGCAGGACAGGAAGAGAAAUGCUUUUCCUCCAAGUACAAUCCCUGGGCAUUGCAGAAAGCUCCUGCAGGCAACUAACUUGAGCAAAAGAGACUCAUCUUUCAUGGGAACAUGCAGGCCCUGCUUCCUACAGAGUAGGAAGGAG